UUUACUUGAAAAUUGAGUUAAACAUUUGAACAAAUGUACAAAUUAACGUAUAUACAUUUAUAACAGAUAUAUUAUCAUUGACUUUCUACAAUCUUAUCGUAUGAUAGAACAUAACCUGAAACCAGUAACGGCAAUUCGGCAAAUUGAAAGUUCGAUUUGAAUUCAUUUCGCAACGCAGAAAAGUUAAUUUAUUAUCUUACGUUUAAAAAAGUAAUAUAAGCGGGCAUAAAAAUGACUACAGCAAAGAUCGAGUUUGCAGUGAACAUGACUUGUCAAAAAUGCGUUGAUGCAGUGCGUAAUAGUUUGGCCGGUGUAAAUGGAAUUGAAAAUAUUGAUAUAUCGUUGGAAAAGGGAAAUGUUGUGAUUGAAACUAAUUUACCAUAUUCUAUACUCCAAGAAAAAAUCGAACAAUCUGGAAGGAAAGCUGUUUUGAAAGGAUAUGGAGAUCAUUCUAGUGCUGUAGCAAUGUUAGGUGGAAAUUCGGGCUAUAGUAUAAGUAAUAAUAUAAUGGGGGUAAUAAGAUUUGCACAAACUCCCAAUGGCUGUGUUAUAGAUGGUACAGUCGAUGGUUUAAGUCCAGGAGAACAUGGUAUACACAUACACGAAUGCGGCGAUAUUUCCAAAGGCUGUGAUAGCGUUGGAGAACAUUUCAAUCCAAAUAAUACAGUACAUGGUGGACCUGAUGAUGAUGUAAAUAAACGGCAUGUGGGAGAUCUUGGGAAUAUAACAGUAAAUAACUUUGGUAGAGCUACUUUUAGAAGAACUGACAAACUCGUAGAAGUACCUGAUAUAAUUGGAAGAUCUUUAGUUAUAACAGAGAAUCCGGAUGAUUUGGGGAAAGGAAAUUGUCCGGAAUCUAAAAUACAUGGAAAUAGUGGGAAUAGAGUGGCUUGUGGUAUUAUUGCUCGUUCGUCUAGUUUGUUUCAAAAUACAAAAAAAAUUUGCGCUUGCGACGGAGUUACCCUAUGGGACGAAAGGGACAAAGUACUUUUAAAUAAACAGGAGUCUAGUGAUUAUUCUAGAGCAACAAAAUUGUAAAUAAUAUCAAGAAAACAGAUUGAAUUUAAAAAAAAAUGAAACACAUGAAUCAUUCCAGUAAAGUAUCGUAUGUAUACCAUAGAUACAUUAUUAGAUACUUUACAUUGUUUAAUAAUUUAUAUCGGGCUUUAAUUUACCUAUUUUUA